AAUUUUAUGAUAUUUUAAUAUCUAAACAACCUUAAUAUUGAAACCUAUCGUACCUGAGAGAUCGAAAAGCCACAAAACUAAAAUCCGUCGAAUCAACCCACUACGACAACUAGGAGUCCCAGACUGACGAGUACCGGCCCCUUCUGCGAUUCCCCGGCGGUGUCGAACCUUUAGUUCUCGGUGGAGAUUGAAAUACACGCGCAAACGUUCUUCUGAAGAAGAGAAUUGAAGAAGUAACAUGGGUGCCUCAGAAUCUAGUCUUUCAAGUUCACAGAAAAUGACAGACGAAAUCACUACUGUCACUGAGAGAUCAGAAGCUUUGGAUCCCAUUUUGGAGAAGCUCAAAUCCCUCAAAAUUACAAGGCCAAUAUUAACUUCAACUCCAAAGGAAGAGGGUAGCUUGAAUGACAUUUUGGUGAGGAAGGCAUCGUCUUCUUCAGCUCUUGCAACUGUAAAUCCAAAUGUGUUAUUGGAGCUCUUCUCAAUAUAUCGUGAUUGGCAAGAGGGGAUGGUUCAGCAGAUAAGCACGAAACAGGAGGAGAUAGAAAAUAAGAUAGAAGUGGCAGAUGCUUUGGCAAUUAAACUUCUUCAAAGGCUUAACUACUCUGUGUCAGCAAUGAAGACUUCUUCACAGCAUCUAUCAGAAGUUCAUUCUCUGCAGGUGGAGAUUGGGGAGCUGAAAGGGAGGUUGACUGAGGUUAUGAGUAAUUGUGAUGCGUUGUGCAAGAGAAUUGCUGCAGAGGGGCCAGAAUCUCUUCGUUCAUCUGUUAAGCCAUUUGCAACUGCCGCAGUUGACCCAGAGAUCAGAUCGAGCUCAUCAUCUGUCCUAAAAUCCAAUCCACCUGCAAAUGAAGCCAAGUCAGACUAAGUGUUUUACGUUCUCCUUUCACCUUGUUUAUUUUUCCCUUUUAUUUAGUCAUUUGUUUAACCCACAAUCUCCCUUGAGAUCGAAAUUUGCCCCCAUUGCUAACAAGCAACGUAGUAGAAAAGGACAGGCAACAAGUUGUGAUUCUUUUUUAAGCCAUCCUAUCAAGAUAGAUUCCCCGUCAAGUUACUGAAAGUAUUGACCUGCUGAAGUAGACAAUUUGUUGUAAUUGUUGUAAAACGUGAAGAUUGUACCGCACCGACAUGAGUUCAGAUCU